GUGACGGAAGCCUCGCUGUUUGUUAUACGACCUGUCGAUCAAACAGAAAACGAACCGAGAUAUGCUUACAGACUACAGGAGAAAACAAGGGCACUGGUGUGGAUAACUGCCCACCCGUGAGGAUGCGGAGGGGAGACGCAGCCCUUCCUUUCGGUGCACCAUGCCAAAAACCCGGAUCGGUCGUUUAAUCGGCGUGCAUUUGCUUUAAUGAAAUUUUAAUGGUAUAGACGUAGAAUGAAAAAGCGUUGUGACACAUCUCAUCUGCUUUGCAGAAUCAGAUUAAACUGCUAAACGCAACAGAUUAGAGAUAGGCUAUCAUAAUUGACUUAAUUUUAAUGCAUCAUUGCUGCAUCGUGGACUUUAGUGCGGAUCCUUUUCGUUCCAAAAAUCAUCGGAUCAGGUAAACCAGAAAGAUGUUGACCAGCAUUACAGAGAGCAUCUUCUGUUGUCUGAUGGGAAAGACCGGCGUUGUAUUGCCGGUCGAGUCGUCCGACGGCAAGCCGGCCGACGCAUUCGAGUUUGUGGAGGUCAAGCCGGGUCGAGUGCUGCGUGUGCGUCACAUCCUCCCAGAAAGACCCGCUACCACAGAAGAGCAACCGGACACUGACAUCAGCGUCCACUGCAAACGCAAAAUCACUGUGUACCGCAACGGGCAACUAGUGAUCGAGAACCUGGGCGAUGUUCUCCACUCCGAGAUCCUGCAGUGCCAGAAUGGAGACGUGGAACAAUGUACCACUGUUGAGGUGGAGCUGUCCGACUACACCACCGCGCCCUCGUCCCCAGAUCCCAAACCAGUUCCGCCUCUUCCCACCUCUGACCAACAGAAGCCCGCCCCUCCACCCAGACGUCGUCGACGGAAACCCAAGCGCACCGUGCUGAUCGAUACGGAGCGUUGCAUCAGCAGCUGUAAGGGGACGCACUCGGAUGUGGCGUUGUUCUUCAUUCACGGUGUUGGCGGUUCGUUGGAUAUCUGGGGCAGUCAGUUGGAUUUCUUCUCACGGCUGGGUUACGAGGUCAUCGCUCCUGAUCUGGCAGGUCAUGGCGCCAGUACGGCCCCACAGAUUGCAGCGGCGUACACCUUCUACGCCCUGGCAGAGGACCUGCGUGCCAUAUUUAAGAGAUAUGCAAGAAAACGGAACAUCCUCAUUGGUCACUCCUAUGGGGUGUCGUUCUGUACAUUCCUGGCUCACGAGUACCCGGAGCAGGUGCAUAAGGUGGUUAUGAUUAAUGGAGGAGGACCCACGGCACUUGAACCCAGCCUGUGCUCCAUCUUUCAGCUGCCCUCAUGUGUCCUGCACUGUCUCUCUCCAUGUCUGGCCUGGAGCUUUCUCAAAGCUGGUUUUGCCAGGCAGGGUGCGAAAGAGAAACAACUGCUGAAAGAGGGAAAUGCAUUUAACGUUUCUCCAUUUGUGCUGCGAGCGAUGAUGAGCGGUCAGUACUGGCCAGAAGGGGAUGAAGUUUAUCACGCAGAGCUGACCGUACCCAUACUGCUGGUCCAUGGCAUGUACGACAAAUUUGUGCCUAUCGAGGAGGACCAGAGAAUGGCAGAGAUCCUCUUGUUUGCGUUUCUGAAAGUGAUCGAGGAAGGCAGUCACAUGGUGAUGAUGGAAUGCCCCGAGACGGUCAACACGCUCCUGCACGAGUUUUUCCUCUGGGAACCUGACAUUUCCAAAAAAGAUAUGGUUGCCACAGUAACAGCUGAUCAGACCGCGACUGACAACGUGACACCCGUCCAAAUGCUUAACUUGGCCAGCAGCAACGGGACUCUCAAGGUCAACAAGCCCCUUAACAAGUAACCACAAAUGAUUGACGUUUUUGGGGCAAACCAAUCAGAAGGCUGUUGAUGACAGGUGCUGCGUAUGGCGAGACCGUCGACUUGGCUGAGAGCUGAUUUUGGGUCAGAAAGUCCAAGCGGGUGCCAUGAAGAGGGUAAGAAAGAUUGGGACUCUUUAAGAGAGAUCCAGCGAAGUGAAAAAAGCAGCUGAUUUUUAGACCAAUCAUGGCGAUUUAUAACAUCGUGAUGCCUUUGUAUCUCUCUGUGCUACCUUUGGACAAUAUAUCUUUCCUUCUUGUGCUGUUUAAACACAAGGACUGGGUGUCCAAUGGAGGACGAAAUCAAGUGUGUCUAGGCAUUUGGGCGAGAUAAGAUGGCAUUCAGGCAAGGUUGCUUUGGAUUGUGAUGAGGAGUGUUUAAAGUCAACAUGAAACGGCAUUCGCAUUUAACUACGUAAAUUGAAUGGAGCUAGAUUGGAUUGUAAAGAAUGAAGAAUGAAUGAAGCCAGGUGUUUGGAGGGGAGGAGUAUAAGAAAAAUAAAGGGGAUUUGGUGAUAUCAACCAAAAAUGCAAGUCAGUUGGGAGGCAUGGCACGUUGUUACGUCACAUAUUAUUGUUCACAAUAAGACUGGAAAUAUGUGCUCAGUAAAUAGGGUCGAUUUCACCUUGACUUUAUAAGGAAGUGUGUACAGAACUUGUGUUCACAUCACGCACUGUUAAAUGUUCUGAAUAACUCGAUCAUACUGUACUAGUACUAAUAUUCAGAUCAACACAUUUUAAUGUCUUCCCUCAUGAAACAAAUCCAUCACUUAAGAGUUAAGAUCUCAUAAAAUAUUGAAUCCUGUAUCUAACUCCUUGAGCCAUAUGAGGUGGAACAAAGAUAAUGUACUGUAAACAACACACGCUAGCUUCACAUCAUGAUUUUACUUGAAACAAUUUGUAUGAAUUUAACAGAUGUUGCUUCACAUGAAGGACAAUAAUAUGACAAGCAAAUACUAUCAAAUGGAAAUCAACCAUCGCAUUGGGAGAUUUCAUGCCAGCCAGGCGCACCAUUUCGUCUCCUAGCAACCAUGCAGUCGGACAUUAGAGCGGAUUCAGGGAGUGCGGAGAGCUAUAAUGAUGCUGAUGGUCACAAUUUGAUAUGGUGCUGUGGGAAAAACAAGCUAUAAGCUACAACAGUGCAUUGCAGCAACUGCGGCACACGCACGGUAUGCAGAUUUAUUCAAAUGAUGUUAUGAAUAUUUAACCAUCAGAUUGAUCCAUUCACAUGUAAUGUGAGAAGAGCAUACAGUAAUUAUGUUGUACUGUAUGAUUAGGCUUAAGUGGGACAGACCGGCUGUCUAUGCAAGAAUAGAAUGUGGCUUCUGGAAAACCUUACGAUGGUUACCAUGACAACAAAGUCAAAUGCAAAAUGGAUUAAGAACCGGAGGUCUGGCCAUUGGGAGAUAAUUACACACAUGUUGAACAAAAGCGUAGAGAUAUCUGCUGUCUGACAUAUAAAGCAUCGAGCAGAGCGUAUAGUUGAAGAAAACGGUUUAUAUUUUGACGAAAUAAAAGUAACGAGAUAAAACUCAAAUUGUUUAUGAUAAUUGAACACACACAUGCAAACAGUGGCUUAUAUCAAAGUAAAAAAUGUCGAAGUUUAUGCUGCCUUUAGUUCGUUUCGGAAAUUAAAUCUCCCGGCAUUCUCUGAGGCAGCGCAAGAAAGAUCAAAUACAAAAUAUUGUGUUUUUCUACAUCACAAUAUUCAAUCUUGUAAGCAUAAACAUCCUGAGAUGACCUAAAGGCAGAAAUAAUUGACAAAAACCAAAAAUAAAGCGAUACACAGAUUACUACAAGGAAAUUACACUACACUGUAAAAAAAGAUUGUUGGUUCAACUUAAAGAAGUAAGUGUUUGUGCUGCCUUAAAGUGGACAUAUGUGAAGUUUUAGCUGAAAAUAGCAUAUAGAUAAUUUAUUGCAGCAUGUUAAAAUUGCCAAUUUAUAGGUGUGAGCAAAAAUGUGCUAUUUUUGGGUGUGUCCUUUUAAAUGCAAAUGAGCUGAUCUCUGCACUAAAUGGCAGUGACAUGGUAAAGGGGCUGUAUUAUCCCCUUCUGACAUCACAACGGGAGCCAAAUUUCAGUGACCUAAUUUUUCACAUGCUUGCAGAGAAUGGUUUAUCAAAACUAAGUUUUUGGGUUGAUAGAAGCACUGGGGACCCAAUUAUAGCACUUAAACAUGGGAUUUUUCAUGAUAUGUUGCUUUUUGAGUACAAUUUAAAAAUAUUAGUUGACUCAAAAAAAUUUUCUUAAAGGAACAGUAUGUAAGAAAUUUAUAUAAAUGAAUCAUAAAAUGCCCUGAUAUGUCACUAGACAUUGAGAAAUAAUUUUCAUUUCAAAUACUUAUAUCACUGACAACAGUGGUCCGGCCAGGAUAUUGCCAUUUAAAAAGUGGAGUUGCAGCCCUCAUCUGAUGUUUAUGUUGUCAUUUUGUGUAUUGGCCACCAGUUGUGUGAUUGCAGUACCAGUUUUAGCCACAAGUUUUGUGAAUGCAGUACCAGUUUUGGCCACAAUCCUACAUACUGUUCCUUUUAACUAAUAUUUUAAAGUUGAAUUAACUCAACAUUUUAAGGCAGCGUGAACACUUACUUUUUAGAAUGAACCAACAAAUCUUUUUUUACAAGAAAAAAUCCACAAAUAUUCUAUAAAGGUCAACAGCUUUUUAUUGGGCACAGAUAAAACAUUUAGACUGCAUUAUCGGCUCGUUUUUGUGGACAUUUAUAUUUCAUUUAAAGAGGAAUUAGGAAAUGAUGUAAUGGAAUACAGGUAAAUGGUAAUUUUAACAGGAUGCCAGUAUUUAUCAAAGAGAAUUUUCUAGCAUCUCUUAAAUAAAAAUGUCUUCUUGCACACUUGCUAUAUAAGUAAACAUAAGAAAAUGUUCUGGGUUCAAAAUAAGUUAAGCUCUAUGACUUUUUUUGACUGAUCAUUUAGGAAUAAUCCCACUAGAAAUCCCAUAUUUCAUCCCACUGUAUCCCAAAACAUAUUUAACUCUUUCCCUGCCAGCAUUUUAAUAUGGAUUGCCCUAAAAACUCGUCAUUGGCCGAGAAGUGUAUUCUGUUAAAUGACAAGAUAACUCAUUAACUCUUUCACCACCAGCGUUUUUUUUUUUUAAAGUUGCCAGCCAGCGCCAGCGUUUUUCAUGAUUUGAAAAGUUUAAUGCCUUCCAGAAAAUGUACUUCUUCAAAUAUAUAAACAUACAAUAUACCAAAUGAAAGAACAGACCCUCUGCUUUCAAACAAAAAAAAAAACGUUUCAUCCUACCUUCAGUAGUUCUUUUGUAAUCAGCUUUUGAAUAUGGGUAGAUUUCUGCAAAAACACCACAUUUUGAGCAAAAAGCAGAGAUAAUUCCAUUUUUGUGACGGACUUUUCAUAGAGAGCCCAUUCAGAGCGAUCUUUAAAACAGACACGGACCAUAGGGCAAUACUUCCGGUUUUAAAAAGUUGCGGAAGGGCGCCACUUAGUGGAUAAUAGCGGUAUUGCGGAAAGACGGAAAUACUCGUCAUUGGCGGGGAAGCGUUUUCUCUUGAUUGACGAGAUAUCUCGUCAAUGGUGGGGAAAGAGUUAAUGGCAGAGAAACAGUUAAUAAAGCUUUUUCCAGUGAAAUGUCAUAGCCUUUAAUUCUGUAAAUGCACUUCUUUUUAGUUUUUACAAACUGGGGGAUGAGUCAAACUCAUUUUCUAUGGUAAAAGUUACCACAUUGUUGUACAUAAGACUUAAGUUAUUUAUGUAACCCAGAAUAUUCCUUAAAACUUGACUCAAGUUUACUGUGACUUCAUGAUAGUUUGUUUAUUGCGACCACUUCUGUGAAUUGGAAAACAGCUCUUAAAAAACAAAAACUUGCAUACACAUUUGCUGUGACUAUCGACAGACCUCCUGCUAGCCUAGUGCCUACCUAGUGGACUGUAUGUCAGGCCAUACUGUAAGAAGUCAAAGCAUCUAAAAGGGGGUAAAACACUGCUCCUAUAAGGGAGACUUUUAAGAGAUUAAAGUUGAAAGUACUGAAGUAACAAUACAGUAAAAUACAAUUAUUUUUGCAAGCUAUACAUUAAAAAAUAUGUAAAUUCUUUACGUCACCUAUCCCAUAAUGUACCUCAAACUGUGACGAAUUUUGAGAGUUGUAAAAAAGUUGGACUUUUUGCCUGGCAGAUGAUAAAACCGAUAUAAAACAAAACAGAGACUUAAGGGUGGAUUAUUUUCACUUGGGCCAAUAAGUAUCCAUUAAAGUCCAAGCAGCCACAUACCAAUACUAUGAACAGUGCAGUAAGACCUGGCAACCACCCAACCCUGGGCAUCAUGGCAUUGGGUUUUACUCAGACAACACCACAAAGAUUUUCUUCAAAAGAGUCUAAUUCUGCUUACAAAAAUAUUUUUGAGCAUUAGCAGAGUUUUUUAGUUGUGCAAUAUUGUAAGCUUUUCUGCAAACACUGCAGGGGGAAAAUGACAUUUCAAAUCCCAUCUUUCUAAUUCACAGAUGGUAGCAAUAAAAUAAAGAAACAUUCAUCCAACAGGGUAAUCUGCAGUGAUGCUAACAUUGCUUUUACUAUGUACGACUCUACUAACAGUAGUUGUGGAUUUUCUUCGAGUGCCUGGGAAUGAAUGUUUUGAAGUGAAGAGAAAACAUGGAAAUCAAAUAACAAACAAUACUGGCCAAUACUGUUAAAUACUGCCAAAUGUCUCAUUCAUGGGUUGAAAGUGACAAAAGAAAUAUUGUUUGACUGUGUGAGUGAACAAACUGCUGCAGAAGAUGGAGUUUGCAGAUCACAGAUCAUUUGAUAAAGAUUUCCUCUUCCUCCGGUCGUGUCCUGAUGUCAUUUUGUGAACAUUGUGGAUCAGUUCGUGUCAAAUUUGUGUGUUACAAAUAUCUAUGGGAAUAUUAUGCACUGCCUGAAACUAUGUGCAUAUGAAAUAUCACAAAGCUAUAUUAAAAAUUAUGAAAAUGAAAAUAAAAAAACAUAUAUAU